AUGGAGUUGGUGGCCGGGAACCUCAGCGAGGGGAACGCGAGCGGCCCCCAGCCCCCUGCCCCGGACCCGCCGCCGCUCUUCGGCGUUGGCGUGGAGAACUUUAUCACGCUGGUGGUGUUCGGCCUAAUCUUCACGCUGGGCGUGCUGGGCAACAGCCUGGUGAUCACAGUGAUGGCGCGCAGCAAGCCCGGCAAGCCGCGCAGCACCACCAACCUGUUCAUUCUCAACCUGAGCAUCGCCGACCUGGCCUACCUGCUCUUCUGCAUUCCCUUCCAGGCCACGGUCUACGCGCUGCCCACCUGGGUGCUGGGCGCCUUCAUUUGCAAGUUCACCCACUACUUCUUCACUGUCUCCAUGCUGGUUAGCAUCUUCACUCUGGUCGCGAUGUCGGUGGACCGGUAUGUGGCCAUUGUGCACUCCAGGCGCUCCUCCUCCCUGAGGGUGUCCCGCAACGCGCUGCUGGGCAUGGGCUUCAUCUGGGCGCUGUCCAUUGCCAUGGCCUCGCCGGUGGCCUACCACCAGGGCCUCUUCCACCGGGAGUCUGACAACGGCAACCUGACCUUCUGCUGGGAUCAAUGGCCCGACAAGCGCCAAAAGAAGGCUUACGUGGUGUGCACCUUCGUCUUUGGCUACCUGCUGCCACUGCUGCUCAUCUGCUUCUGCUAUGCCAAGGUCCUUAAUCAUUUGCAUAAAAACUUGAAGAACAUGUCGAAGAAGUCAGAGGCAUCGAAGAAAAAGACAGCACAGACAGUCUUGGUGGUGGUCGUGGUCUUCGGAAUCUCCUGGCUGCCGCACCACGUCAUCCACCUGUGGGUCGAGUUUGGGGUCUUCCCGCUGACGCCCGCCUCCUUCCUCUUCCGCAUCGCGGCGCACUGCCUGGCCUACAGCAACUCCUCCGUGAACCCCAUCAUCUACGCCUUCCUCUCUGAGAACUUCAGGAAGGCCUACAAGCAGGUGUUCAAGUGCCAUGUGCGCAGCGAGUCCUCCCUCAGCGACACCAAAGAAAACAGAAGUCGAUUGGACACCCCACCAUCCACCAACUGCACGCACGUGUGAAGAAAGAUGCGGAGAAAAUCCUUGGAGAAGGUAGGAUUGUGAGCCUCAUGCUUGCUGGCCGGGGAGAGAAGUGGUGUGUAUGCGUACGUGAGUAUUUUAAAGAACAAUGUAAGUCCUGUGCGUGGAAAUCUUUUUGCACUUUAUUCAAAUAUAGCGGCAGAAACGUUGUAUCCCAACGAUGAUACCUCAUGUGUUUGUGGAGCUUGACAUUGCAAAUACAAGAUCCGCUUCCGUGCACACAGCGCUGCUGGCGGCCUCGGGACGGCGUGGACGGCAGCAGCUUCCUGUGCCCUGGCUGUCUGUCCCCUUGUUUCCUCUUCUGAUUCCCACGCACCCAUGGAAGUAUU